UGCAACGUAAAUCCACCCGCAAAGCAGCCCGCGGGAACCUUUUGCUCCUUCUGUUCCGUUCCUUUUCCUCGGCCUCGGCACUCAUCGCCACUCGUCGCGGUUGCCGCCGGUGGUGCCCCGGGCCAAUCCAAAGCUCUCUAGAGCAAGGCGGCGCACGCGCGAGGGUACGUUCUGCCUGCCGUGCUAUGGCGCGGCGGUGCCCGUGCGGGCUGCUGCUGGCCCUGGCCCUGGCGGCCGCGCUCUCGGCCGCGGGCGCGCAGGAGACGUGCUCGGGGGCCGUGCCGGCGCCGCCGCGUCGCGGGGCGCGGGUGUCCGUGGCCAGCUUCGGCGGCGCGGGGGACGGGCGGACGCUCAACACGGGCGCGUUCGCGCGCGCCGUGGCCAGCAUCGACCGCCUGCGCGCGCCCGGCGGGGCGGAGCUGUACGUGCCGCCCGGGGUGUGGCUCACGGGGCCCUUCAACCUCACCUCGCGCAUGACGCUCUUCCUCGCGCGCGGCGCCGUCAUCCGCGCCACGCAGGACACACCAAGCUGGCCUCUGAUCGGACCGCUGCCCUCAUAUGGGAGGGGACGAGAGCUGCCCGGGGGAAGGUACAUAAGUUUGAUCCAUGGCAGUGGACUCCAGGAUGUUGUUAUCACAGGUGAGAAUGGAACUAUUGAUGGUCAAGGCAGUGUGUGGUGGGAUAUGUGGAAGAAAGGUACCCUGCCCUACACAAGGCCGCACCUGCUUGAGCUGAUGAGCUCUUCCGGUAUCAUCGUCUCCAACAUUGUCUUCCAGGAUUCGCCCUUCUGGAACAUUCAUCCUGUUUAUUGCAGCAAUGUUGUGAUCAGAAAUGUGACUGUACUAGCUCCACAUGACUCUCCCAACACGGAUGGAAUUGAUCCAGAUUCCAGCAGCAACGUCUGCAUUGAGGAUUGCUACAUUUCCACGGGUGACGAUGCAGUUGCCAUCAAGAGCGGCUGGGAUGAGUAUGGAAUCGCCUAUGGCCGCCCCAGCUCCGACAUCACCGUUCGGCGGAUCACAGGCUCCUCCCCUUUUGCUGGUUUUGCGGUCGGAAGCGAGACAUCCGGUGGCGUGCAGAACGUCCUUGCAGAACACCUGAAUUUCUUCAGCUCAGGGUUCGGGAUCCACAUCAAGACCAACACCGGCAGGGGAGGCUUCAUUCGGAACAUCACUGUCUCCGACGUGACCCUGGACAACGUCCGGUACGGCCUGCGGAUCACCGGCGAUGUUGGUGACCACCCUGACGACAGCUACAACCGGAGCGCUCUACCGGUCGUCGAUACCCUAACGAUAAAGAAUGUCCAGGGGCAGAACAUCAGGGAGGCUGGGCUGAUCAAGGGCAUCACUAACUCGGCCUUCUCCCGGAUCUGCCUGUCGAACGUCAAGCUCAGCGGUGGCACGCCUGUCCGGCCGUGGAAAUGUGAGGCUGUCACUGGCGGCGCGCUCGACGUGCAACCAUCCCCGUGCACGGAACUGACUUCCACAUCCGGGACAAGCUUCUGUACAAAUUCGCUUUGAUGCUGAAGUUCGCUGCUAUAUGCUCUCCGGCAGCUAGUUCACUUCAUAUAUAGUAUAUUCUUCCCUUUUCAUAUGAAAGGUUUUUUCCCUUCAUUUUAGUAUUUCUUUUUCUCUCUAUAUAUUCUGGAAUGGAGUUUCGGAAUUUGGCUUUGUUCCUGUCAUCCUGUACAUGUUGAUGCC